GAUGCAACAACCGUUGUGGACUGAAGUUGUCUGGUGGACUCUAGUUGGUGAGGGCGGGGAGAAGGAAAAACAGGUUAGGUUCAGGAGUGAUCUGGGUGAAUUCGGUGAUGAUUUGGGAUGGAUGGAAAGGAUUGAACAGCCGAUAGUAGCCGGGAGCGGUUGUUGUCACCUGACGUCUCCCAAGCCCCUGACUGCAACCCGAAGCACUCUCGGCUUCUCAGCCAAUCACAGAGCGCAACGGAAUCACAACAAACACCGCGUGACAAUGGGAGCGAGCUUGAAACUUCCGUGUUAGGUAACGCCUCAGGAGCACGCGGGGAGCUGUGAUUGGUCAUUUUUGGGGUGUUAGCGGACAGUAUUCGAAUUGGAUAAUGCAUGUGAUCCAGGAGUGUGUGCCAAACAAAUGUGGAUUGACGUGACUGAGAUUAAAAAUGAGCUGUGCCUGACCUUCACUGAUAAUGGAAAUGGAAUGACUCCAAUUAAACUACACAAAAUGUUGAGCUUUGGCUUCACUAAUAAAACAGGGAAUAAAAGCCACUUGCCAAUAGGAGUAUAUGGAAAUGGAUUUAAAUCAGGCUCCAUGAGGCUGGGAAAGGAUGCUCUUGUCUUCACCAAGAAUGGCGGAGCUUUAAGUGUGGGCCUCCUAUCACAGACCUACUUGGAACAGAUUAAUGCACAAGCUGUCAUUAUCCCUAUUGUGCCUUUCAACCAACAGAAUAAAAACCUCAUAGUUACUGAAGACUCGGUGCCAAGUCUGGAGGCCAUCUUGAAACAUUCCAUCUUCAAAUCACAGGAGGAACUGCUGGCAGAAUUUGAUGCAAUCCUCAGCAAAAAAGGAACCCGGAUUAUUAUUUGGAACAUCAGAAGAAACAAGGAUGGGAAACCUGAACUGGAUUUUGAAACAGACCAAUUUGACAUCCGAAUCCCAGAUAUCAGUUGUGAAGAUGUAGCAGGAAAGAAGAAAACUUACAGACGGCCUGAGCGACAGGACCAGCACACACCUGAAAGUGACUACUCAUUAAGGGCAUAUUGUAGCAUUUUGUACCUGAAGCCUCGCAUGCAGAUUAUCCUGCGUAAGAAGAAAAUCAAAGCACAGCUUAUCACAAAGAGCCUGGCUCAUGUUGAAUAUGAUGUUUACAGACCUAAUUUUAAUAAUAAACGUGUCAAAAUAACCUUUGGUUUUAACUGUAAAAACAAAGAGCACUAUGGGAUAAUGAUGUACAACAAAAAUCGGCUUAUCAAAUCCUAUGAGAAAGUGGGAUGCCAGAUAAAGUCAACCAGCAGAGGAUGUGGAGUUGGUGUAAUUGGAAUUAUUGAGUGCAAUUUUCUCAAACCAGCGCAUAAUAAACAAGAUUUUGAAUACACUAAAGAAUACAGAUUGACAGUGCAGGCAUUGGGACAAAAGCUGAAUGAUUACUGGAAGGAAAAGAAAACCAAGAAAAACCAAGAGGAAGCAGAUAGCACAGAGAUGGUGGAAGAGCCACGAACUGCCCCUGACCAAGCUUGGGUUCAGUGUGAGACAUGCAUGAAAUGGCGCAAGUUACCACCAGAAGUCAACCCAGAGUCACUACCAGAAAACUGGUACUGUAACAUGAAUCCUGACCCCAAGUUCAGGGACUGCUCUAUACCUGAGGAGCCAGAGGAAAGUGAUGAUGAGAUAACACCCAGUUACGAAAAAACAUCUAAAAAACAUGAUCAAAGUCUGGAGAGAAAGAGCAGGAAGUCUUCGGAACAAGAAAGACUCAUGCAAUCCCAGUUGGUGGAGAGAAAAGGUCACUUUGAAACAGGAGAAAGUGAGGAGGAGAGAGAGGAAGAGGAAGAAGGGAGCUGCAGAACAAGAUCAUGCUCCACCAGUCUCAGCACAGCAUCAGGAUAUUCAGACAGUGUGAAUGAAGAACGUGUUGUAUCCUCCAGCCUAGGACUGAGCAGUAACAAACGAAAACAGAGCCCAAGAAGUAAGAGCCGGAAUAAAAAGCGCUUUAAAGAAAGAGCAGGAAGAUUAGCUAAUCCAGGUACUCCUGAUCCAGCCCAAUCAAUGAAGUAUGAAAUGGUGAAUUCUACCAGAGAAAGAAAAAGCAGUAGCAGUGAUGAUGAUCUCAUCAUCAUAGAUGAUGCAGGUACGCAAGGAUCUAAAGACAGUAUUACUCAGCAAAGCACCAAGCAGGAAAAAACAGAACCAAUGGAUUUCUCUAGCCUCACUGAGGAUAGUUGUGACAAUAACAUUGUUAAGGAGAAUGGUUCAAAUAACGAUGGGCCCGUUAAUCAUCUUUCUGCUGAAAAAGUACUUAUUUCAGAAGGAACCCAGACCAAUAACCUUGCUGUUAUAAAGAAAAUUGAAAUAAGUUCCAGUGGCACCAAUGAGCCCACAAACUCCCAUUCUAAUAUGGAAUCUCAAGGAGAUGUUUUAACACACAAAGUCCAUGAGAUUGACUUGAAUACAACAAAGAAGUAUACGGCAGCCACUGUACACUUUCUGGAGAAGCAAUUGGAUCAUGCAAGGAAUUUAUUAGAUGAAAGAACCACAGAAAGAGAUUGCUUUAGAAAAGAAAGUGAGGAGCAGGCCGUCACAAUAGAGCAAAUAACAAAACAACUGAUGGAGUACCAAGAAAUCGAAAGACAGCAACAAGAUAAAACUACACCGAGACCAAACAUAAUGGAAAACAUAGAGGCUGUUGGGCCUGAAGGCUGGAGCCUUGAGGAAAUUAGGGUAUAUUGCAAGGAAAUAGUACAAGAACGCGAUGCCUUGGCCCAGCAGCUAGAAGAUGCAGUAAAGAGGAUGGAAAACUGCUCAUCAGAAAGGAAUCAGUUGAAAGAACAGCUUGGAAAAAUGGAGCAAGAAAGAGACCAAUUCAGACUGGAGUAUGAAAAAAUGAAACAGGAUUUGAAAACUAAUGCAAGCAAAGGUGAAGAUUUUUAUUGGACCAAAAAAUCAGCAGCUGCGCACAGAUACUCAGAGCUGGAGCUAAUGCGAACAGAGAUUGAAAAAUUGAAGGGACAGAAGAUAGAGUUGGAGGAGAAAUUGAAAGAGGCCCUGAGGUGUAAUACAGUAUAUAAGGAAGCAUGGAACCCUUCAACCAGCCAGGAAGUUGCACAGGCCAACAGUGUACUGGCAAAGCUGAAGUCAUUGCGAGUAAAGGUCGGACACCUGUUGGGUUCGGUUCUGCCACAUCUGGACUUAAAAGACAUCAGUUACGAAACAGACACAAUCGAUGAAAUCCUAGAAAAGGUUAUCGAAGCAAAUAAACUCUGAGCCAAAUCUUCCCUUUUAUAACAUACUAAGAGAAAAACAGCACCAACCUUUGAUGAAUGCAUUUGAGCAACCCGUGUGUUAUUUUGAAAUGGGCAUAUCCCAGAAAAAACAGAAACAAGUGAUAGCAAUGUACAGGAAGCAUUUGCAGAAUUCACAACAAUGGCUACUACUGAAAGUACAAAAUCAGUUGUUUUGAUAACCAUGCAUCUGACCAAAUCUCUCCACAUGUAAUGAAAUUUAUCAGAGCUGCUGGUAAAUGACACAAACUGC